ACGCCCAGGUUGCAGCCUCUACUGUCAAUUAAUGGUGUCUGCAGACUCUACGAGCAACAUGAGGCUUUGGAGAUAGAGAGAGAGACAAGAGGACAUGGGAUAAACAUGGCUCUUCUCGUUUCUGUGUUGGUGCUCUCCUUCUUGCAGGAAGUGUUCCUUUCCCUAGGUUCUGGGGAAAACCCUCCGAUGAUCUCGGUAACUGAAGGGGAAUCUGUCUCCUUUGAGUGUUCCUUUGAUGGGUCCCCUGCUGUUGGCAAUCCAUUCUACGAGAUAAUCUGGAUGUAUAAUAUGACCCAUAAAAAUGUGUCCAAGAGGAUCCUGGCCUUUAGGAUGAUUCGUCCCAAUACCAGUGUCCCUGUCUCAGUCACUGAAGGCCAUUUUAGGGGUCAUUUAGAAUUUGAAAAGAACACCAGCUCUCUCGUCAUCCCCGAGGUGCGGGUGAAUGACAGCGGCCUGUAUUACUGCGAAGUGAUCAUAGUGCCAGUCCCUGAUAAAUCAAGAACAAAUGGGACUCGUCUCAUUGUCAUGGCCCCCCGAGGGAAUGUUCUGCUGAUCUCCAGUCUGACUGCUGGGCUACUUCUGUUCCUCCUUGCUUUGGGCUUGUAUUUUACAUUAAAGUGCCGAAUCCAGGCCAAGAAACCAGAAGUUUCUCUGGAAAUGUCCGAUCCCAUUUGCAGCACCCCUCCCCCUGCCCGGAGAGAGUCCUUUACACAGCCCGUCGGCAGUGAAAUGAUCUAUUCAAAACUGCAGUGGAGCAAGUCCAGUAUGGUGUCCUCUCCACGGGGGAGCGCUCACUCUGGUGAGCCAGUGACAGAGAAGGAGCCCAGAGCGGGGAGCAGCGACCCAGGAACGGACACUGUGUACGCCAUGCUUCAGGCACUGUGAAUGUAUUCCCCUCCGACUCGUGUAACACAAAUGUCUCCAGCAAACACCCACUUUUCUUCAGUGGUGUGGCUCUGGCAU